AGUAUUAGUAGAAGUAGCAAUUCGAGUAUUCCUUUCCUUCCCCAAUUUUUCCAUUCAAAGUAUAGUUGUCAUCGUUGAAGCUUCGGCUAUUGCAACAAUGGAGGAAGAACCAACCUCAACACCCAAUACAUCUGCUCCAGAAAUCAACCCAACCUCUCUCUUCCCCAUAAAUUCCGACACCACCGUCGUCACCACCGCCACCACUUCCCAAUGGCUAAGCAGUUCUAGCUUCACCACCGACCUCUCCGUCAUCAACGACACCGUCGCCGCUCUUCAAACUUCUAAAAACACCGACGACACCGACGACGAAGAUUUAGCUAAACGAGCAUCACCAAUAUUAACGAAGCCGUCUUCAACCUCGUAUGAGCUUCUGGAAUCUUCUGAAUCCGACAGAAAUGGUAGAGAUUAUUCGGAGAAUAAGAGGGAGAAGAAGAAGAAAUCCAACAAGUCGAAGAAGAAGCAAAAGAGAGAGACUAAAGGAGGAGGUGCUGAAUUUGAGCCGUUUGCAUAUGGUGGUAGAAAGUCUGGUGUUCGUGCUUGGGAGAAUUCUGAUACAAAACCCUCUAAGGAUUAUUAUAUUGAUAUUCGUGGCGAUCGCGAUAAUUUGGCCUUUGGUUGCUUGUAUAGGAUGGAUAUUGGGCAAUAUAAGCUUCAUGAUACUACAAAAACUUCAAUGAUUGAUUUCAAACGGCAUUCUCGACCGAGUGAUUGGGGUUUUCUUACUAGAGGGGAGCUUGAUGCUGAUGGAUUAGAUUCGAAACUGAAAUCUAGUGGCCGUUAUUGGUCUGCUAAGCAUUCGGUCUUUGAACAACAUAGGAAUUUUAAGCGCAUUCGAAUUGUUGCUCCUGCGAAGCAUGUUUAUGUGACAUGUGAUGAUUUUAUUCCUUUUUUGGAUGAAGAUGAUGAUGAUAGCUUACAUUCCAGUGCUUCUGUGAUUGUUGAGUCAUGGGAAGAUGAGGUGUUGCGGAAAACAAGAGAAUUCAAUAAAAUGACUAGGGAGCACCCCCAUAAUGUAAAAGUAUGGCUGGAUUUUGCUGAAUUCCAAGACAAAAUAGCAAGUAAGCAACCACAAAAAGGAGCACGUUUACAGACAUUUGAGAAGAAAAUCAGUAUAUUAGAGAAGGCAGUUGAGUUGAACCCAGAAGAUGAAGACUUGUUGCUUUGCCUUCUUAAAGCUUAUCAGAAAAGAGAUAGUGCCGAUGUUUUUAUUGGUCGAUGGGAGAAGGUUCUGAUGCAACAUUCUGGAAGCUGCAAGUUGUGGAGAGAGUUUUUACGGGCUGUUCAGGGAGACUUCUCCACUUUUAAAGUAUCUGAGAUUCGGAAGAUGUAUGCUUAUGCAAUCCAAGCUCUUUAUGCUACAUCCAGGAACAGGAAGAAGCAUAGGCAGGUUUGUUCAAUUGCGGAUCUGUCUUCUUCAGAGACUGUGGAUACUGACCUUGAAUUGGGCAUUGUCGAUAUUUUUCUUAGUCUGUGCCGGUUUGAGUGGCAAGCAGGUUAUCAUGAGUUGGCCACUGCUUUAUUGCAGGCUGAAAUAGAAUAUAGUUUGUUUUAUCCUCCUUUACAGCUCACAGAGCAGAGUAAAAAAAGAUUGUUUGAGCACUUCUGGACUAGUAAUGGUGCAAGAGUUGGAGAAGAUGGUGCCCUUGGUUGGUGCACCUGGCUGGAGAAUGAAGAGGAAACCAGACAGAAGCUCUUGCGAGAAACGUCUGCUAAGGAAGAUAAGCAAGCUGGUUGGAGUGGGUGGUUUGUCCCACCAUCCAAAGCUAAGGAGAAUUCACCUAAUUUAGAAGAUGUCAAUACUGAUAUGGCUGUGGAGGAGGUGGAAGAACCAAAGGAUGACAUGGAUGCAAAUCAAGAAGAGGACGAUACUUCUUUGCUGAGGAUGUUGGGGAUUGAUGUCGAUACUGAAGCCAACAGGGAGGUUCAUGACAUAAAAACGUGGGUCAGGUGGUCACAAGAGGAAUUAUCAAGAGACCAUGAUCAAUGGAUGCCAAUUCGUUUAAACUCUGGGGAUUCUAAUUGCAAGGAGGUGAUCGAGGAAGAGCAGGAACAACUUUCUAGAGUCAUAUUGUUUGAGGAUGUUAGCGAUUAUCUUUUCUCAUUAACUUCUCCCGAUGCUCAGUUAUCUCUUGUUUUGCAGUUCAUUGAUUUCGUUGGUGGGGAGAUAUCUCAUUGGUUUUGUACAAAUUCUUCAUAUUGGAAUGAGAAAAUACUGAGUCUAGAAACACUGCCAAGCUCUAUUCUACAAUAUCUAGGAAGGGUAAAUGGUACUAAAAUAUUGGAAAGUGAUCCAAGUGCUCUCAAUAUGGAAUCUCUGUUGAAUCGUUCAGAGGCUGUUGAAAGGGCAGAGAUCAUGAGGUUUUUGCGCAAUGCUGCUCUAUUAUGCUUAAAAGUUUUCCCUCGAAAUUACAAGAUAGAAGAGGCUAUUCUUAUCGCUGAAGAGCAAACUGCUGUUGCAAUCAAUUCAUCGCAGUGUUCAACUAUGCCUUCUCGGGCUUUGGCAAAGCACCUUCUAAAAAGUGAUCGACAGGAUGUAUUAUUAUGUGGAGUUUAUGCUCGGAGGGAGGCUGCUUACGGAAAUAUUGAUCAUGCAAGGAGGGUAUUUGAUAUGGCGUUGUCAUCUAUCAGUGGGCUGCCCUUGGAAACUCAGUCAAUUGAUGCUCCCUUGCUUUACCUAUGGUACUCAGAGAUGGAACUUGCUGAUGAAUUUGGUGGUGAAUCAGAGUCUACACAACGUGCUCUGCACAUAUUAUCAUGCUUAGGAAGUGGUGUGGCUUAUGCUUCAUAUAAAAGUCGACCGUCAAGCACACAAUUACUCAGGGCACACCAGGGUUACAAAGAACGCCUAAAUACUAUAAGGGCAUCGUGGGCAAAGCAUGUUAUAGAUGAGGGUUCUAUUGCUCUCAUCUGUUCAGCUGCAUUAUUUAAAGAGCUGACUGCUGGUUGGGCAGCAGGAGUUGCAGUCAUCUCUGAUGCUCUUUCCAUGGUGCUUCCUGAAAGAAAGAGACAAAGCAACAAACUUGAAUUGUUGCUCAAUUUUCAAAUGAGAAUGCUUCUAAAGCAUCAUCGACAAGCAACUUCGUCAAAAGUAUUGCAGUCUGUGUCAGUAGGAUUGCAAGUCUAUCCCUUUAACCCAGAACUUUUAUGUUGCCUAAUGCAUCUUGGUCAUCUCUACACUGUGCCCAAUAAGCUUCGACGGAUCUUUGAUGACCUCUUCCAAAAAAAACCAUCAGUUAUCCUCUGGCUGUUUUCUCUGUCAUAUGAACUGAAUAGAGGGGCUCCUCGGCACAGAAUCCAUGGAUUGUUUGAAAGGGCAUUGGAAAAUGAUAGACUACGUUCAUCUGUUGUACUUUGGCGCUGCUACAUCUCAUAUGAGAUCUAUAUCAGUAACUUUCCUGCUGCAAGAAGAGUUUUCUUUCGAGCUAUCCAUGCAUGUCCAUGGUCGAAGAUGCUUUGGCUUGAUGGCUUCCAGAAACUACAUAACAUUGUUUCUGCGAAAGAGCUAUUGGAUCUCCAAGAGGUGAUGCGAGAUAAGGAGCUCAAUCUACGAACAGACAUUUAUGAGAUUCUUUUACAAGAUGAAUUUAAUCAUUCAGGAAUGAACUAACUAGCAGUAUUUAUCAUUGUGUUGUACAGAUUAUAAGAGAGUAUGAAAUGUUAAUAUAUGGAAUAUUUGGAGAGCU